AUGGGAGAGAUCAGAAGUAAAAAUUUAAAUUUUCCAUUCGAUUUCAAAGAACUUGACGAUGAUCUUCAAGAAGAAGUUUCAUUAAAAUUUCCUAAUCAACCGGAAAUGAUUUUUGUUGGACCUGAAAAAUGGUUUUUACCAAAAUCUUUCAAAGAUUACGCAAAUAUAAUUUAUAACUUCGAUGUGAGACCAUCUGAUGUGUUUGUUUGUACAUUUCCACGAUCUGGGACGACUUGGACUCAGGAAAUGGUUUGGUUGAUUUGUAAUGACUUGGACUAUAAUACUGCGAAGCAAGUUGCUCUAACUAAGCGAUUUCCAUACAUAGAAAAUCAUCUCGUAACGAGUGAAAAAGCAGCCAAAGAAAUGUCGCACAUUUCUGGAAAUAUUAAAAACUUGGAGAAUGUAUUUGCGCCUAUAUAUGAUGUUCUUGAAUCCCAAACAACUCAAAGAUUUAUUAAAACGCAUUUGCCAAUUGAAUUUUUACCAUGGAAAAUCAAACAAGUUGGUGCGAAAGUUGUGUACGUUGCAAGGAACCCAAAAGAUGCCGCAGUUUCCUUCUUCCAUUUCCAACAAAAUCCUUGGUUUCGUUACAAUGAAAAUUUUGAACACUACGCGGAAUAUUUUAUGAAAGAUUUAGUUAUGUAUUCGCCUUAUUGGGAUCAUGUUGCUAGUGGGUGGAAGCAUAAAGACGACCAAAAUGUUCAUUUUGUGUUUUAUGAAAACUUCAAGUUGAACAUGAAACAGUCUUUGAUAAAUCUCGCAGAAUUUCUUGGAAAGCCUCUGAAAGACGAAGAUCUUCCAGGUUUGAUGAAGCAUUUGGAUUUUGAAAAUGCAAAGAAAAAUCCGGCAUUUAAUUUUGGUAACAUUAUGCUCCGCCAAGGAAGUGUUGGUGGAAAUUCUGAAAUAAGUGGAGAAGUUGAAAGGAAGUUCGAUGAGUGGAUAGAACAAGGAUUGAAGACUUCAGCAACUAGAGAAAUGGCAAUUAUUAACAAAAAGUUCUUAAGUGAAACAAACGCGGAAAUUGAUAUCCAAACCUAUGAUCCUAUUGACAAAGUUCUUGAAGCCCAAACAACUCAAAGGUUUAUAAAGAUUCAUCUGCCGAUGCAAUUUCUGCUAUGGAAGAUUAAAGAAGUUGGAGCCAAAGUUGUGUACGUUGCGAGAAAUCCCAAGGAUGUCGCCGUUUCCUACUUUCAUUUUGAAAAGAAUCCAAUAUUUGCUUACAAUGGUGACUUUGAAACUUAUUCAGACUUCUUCAUGAACGAUCAGGUCAUUUAUGCACCUUACUGGAAGCACGUGUUGGAUGGAUGGAAACAUCGACACGAAUCCAAUUUCCAUUUUAUGUUUUAUGAAGAUUUGAAACUCAAUACUGAAGAAUCGUUGAGAAAGCUUUCAAAGUUCUUAGAAAAACCUCUCAAGGACGAAGAUCUUCCAAAACUAUUGGAUCAUUUGAAUUUUGAUAAUGCUAAGGAAAAUCUUGCAGUUAAUGCUGUUAACUUAAUGUUACGUAAAGGAUGUAUUGGUGGAAAUUCGGAGAUGACUGAAGAAAUAUCAGCAAAUUUUGAUAAAUGGACGGAAGAAAAUUUAAGGGAAUCAGAUUUGAAAUUUCCUGUGAAAUUUACAUAA